AUGUGGCAUUUCUGGCAUGUGCCAGCCGAAGAAUGCGCUCUCUCAAGUGUCCGUACACCCGGACGGAGCUGCUGGCGCCACGCCACCCCCUGCUGCAGUGUGUCAUCUCUUGUCUUUCAUCAGCACGCGGAGUGCUAUCUCGUUUGCCGCGGCUAUAAAGUCCAUUCUCCUUUUAAUAGUGAUAGUCCGUUUUUGUUCUACUGUAUCUCGCGCGUGUUUCCCAAAAUGCCGCUUCCACCAUUAGCCGCCUCCCUUGCGUACGGGGCGCAAGUAGGGUUGCGGUCGACUCUGGACGCCUGGUACAGCGCGAAGCAGCCGUACUACGUCAGUCUGGGGGAGUUUCCAGGCGUCUCAAAUGGUGUUACGAGUGUUUCCGAGGGACCCACCGCUUCUCUGGAAAAGCUUAUAAGUUCUGGCACACCGGGUUUUUCGUUCAGCACGUCUAAGGCUUCACCCUCGCCGUUUCAGGCCCCGCUCCCGUCUGAGUCCGCAGACGCGCCUCUUUUGCCUCUUUGCUGCACCGCCUCGCAUCCGUACCGGCCGCUCUGCAGCUCGGAGUUUUCUCUGUUGCGCGCGUCCUCUCCAGCUGUCGGUGACAUCGUGCACGCGAAUGAGGAGGUGCUGCUCGUCGCGGGUCUCCCGCGUUCUUUCCCCUUGGGUGGCGGAAAUCAGCCUGUGCCUACCUCCGAAGAACCGCAGUCAAGACUUCCUCACCCAGGCGCGCCGCUUUGGCUCCUCUGUUGUCCGCGUCGAACCGAAGUCCGUCAGUUCGCGCAACGCCUGCACAGCUCGCGAACAUCUGGGCACCACGCAUUUCCUACCGGGUCCUCGGGUUCCUCGUCAACUUCUGCCCUUCCUGCAUGUACGCUGUUUGGUGCGCCGGACGAAGAAGACAUCGGCGUCGUGUGUGCCCGCGGGGUCUGUCCGGACGGAUCCGUGAAGAGUCUCCUGGCGCGCGUGGAUCGCCGCUGUCGCUGGCGGCUGCUGCGCGCCGCGCCGGGCGCCUCGGCGCAGUCGCGCUUGGGGUCCGAGGGUGUGCCCGCGCAGGAGUCCGCGCAUGCAGGAACCCGCUCCGCGCUCUCGGUCUUGCACUUGGACGAAGAUGUUCUUCUUCAGAACUGCCAUACCGGCCAGUUCCUGUCUCUGCGCAUGUCCGACAGUGGAGACACCCCAGGGUCUGCUCGACUGGUCGCCGUCGGGAAGCCGGUGUUUGCGCCGGCGGGCGUGGACUUAGACGCCGAAAAGGCGCGACCCGUGUCAGGGGUCAGAGGGCCUUCUUCGGCCGCUCGGCUGCCGCAGCUGUCAUCUAGCUCACUCCGCGGGUCCGUUCUGAGGACCGCGAAGCCGCUUCUCGGACUCGACCCCCCCCCCCUCAUGCACAGUGGCUGGCGCAUCGUCCCUGCCGGCGUCCGCGUAGCGCCGAGCUGGGACCGUGUCGUGCCUCACAGUCUCCUAGGACCGAGCGAGAUCGACGACUCGCUGCUGAGACGCGAACGGUUCCUCGGCGUUCCGCUGUCGAGCUUGAUCGCGAACGCAUCAGACCCCGUCGCGACUCCACGCCUCUCUCUGUCGCCGUACGCGGACGAGGGCGUCUUCGGUGUCUCCGAGCACGCGCGAGACGGAGAAGGGUCUUCUUCCUGUCCUUCGUCGGAGUUCCGCCUCGGCGCCGGCAGGGGCCAAGCGCUGACGUCGCCUGUCUCCGUCAUCGGAACGCCUCGCGCCUCAGGCGCCACUGGACGGUCUUCAGUCGCCGAGAGCUGGCGGUCGGUCGGCCCCGAGAGUAUCGGGGAGAACGACUGGGUGAUGCGCCGCCUCCAUGCAGACUGGCCGGCGCUCACUCGGGAGGUCAAGGAGCGGUUUCUCCUCGAAGAUCUUCUCUUUUGCUUGUCGGGUCUCGACGGCACUCUGAUUCGCAUUCUCGCGGUUGCGCCUGCCUGUGCUAACGCAGAACCGGACUCGCCUCCCUCUCAGCCUCCCUCUCCUUCUCCGGACCCACCUCUGCCUUCUUUCCACUUCUGGCUUCAUCCGAUGCUUCUCGGCAAGGCGGCUGCCGAACCUGCUCCCGACGUCGAUUCCUGCACCUCCGUAACGUCUCUGAUCCCCGGCAGUACGGCCCCGUCCUUCGCCGCAGAGCCUCGGGCUUCCCGCCUUUCGGAGAGAAGUGAGUUCGCCUUCCAGGUUUCGCAGGCGGCGUCGGAGGAUGCGGCGCUAUGUCAAAUGCUCCCGCCGCUCUUGCCGGCUGCCUGCAGUUUGCGGCUGCUCCUCGUCUUCCUCGAGCUUGCGGGCAGACGAAACAGCACCUCGAAGGCCGUUGCCGGCAUCUCAGCAUCCUCAUCGGCUUCUGAUGUUUCGGCUGGCCUCUCAGGCUGGGGCGGGGAAGUAGCUGAAGCGUUCUGCGCGGCGAUCAAAAAGAUAGUCGAGGAGCUGGGCAUCCGCGUCGGGGCCUGGGAGGGCGAGGUCCGCAGGGGUCGCCUGACCCUCCAGGGCCUUCGCGCCCAACUGGGGCCGGUGACGCGAGCCUUGGGCGUCGCCGAGGCGGUCGUGCGCGAGGCGUGGGGAAGGCGCGGCGGCGAUCUCCUCGACGCGGCCGAAGAGGUCAAGAAGCGGCUGCCCUGCAACGACGCAAAUCAGGAAAUUUGUCGUUUUAUCUUCGAGAAAGCCGCAGCGCCUCUCGCGAGAAUCGUCGAAAACUGGGUGCAUCACGGCGUCCUCAAAGACACCUACGGAGAAUUCUUCAUCCGCGAAGACCCGACGGUCGUUGCCGAGGGCGAACCUUCGUUGGAAUGGAGAGGCGCUUCCUUCUGCGUCUCCGCUUCAGGAGGAAGUCAAAUCGACCCGUCGAGGGGGACAGACGUCAGGCCAUGUGCGGUGGAUUGGUGCAGACGGAGAUUCGUUCUCGUCGACAGGCUCGUCCCGAAUUUCUUGAAGCCGCAUGCACGAGACAUUCACCGAGCUGGGCUGUACGUGUACGUCCUCAACAGCUGCAGCUACGCAGGUCUGCCCCCACCCUCGUUCUCGCUGCCGCCGGAAGUUCGAGCGAGCACCUCUGCGUCUUCUCUGCCUCCGCGUCUGCUGCCGCUUCUCCCGUCUGCAUGCGCGCGCGCCUCCGCCCACCUCAUGCACUUCUUCUUUCACUCGCUGCAGCUGCCUCGCACCCUCGAGAUGCUCCACGUUUUCUUUCUCGUCGGAAGAGGAGACUUUCUGCAACAGUUCUUCGAAUUCGCUGCUCCAAAUGACUCAACUCCGGGCGCCGCGCCAGGCCUCUCCGCUGGCACCUGGCAUGACACCCUUCAAGAAAUUGCGGGCCUUGAGGGAUGCAUGGAGCAAGCCAUUCGAAGUGUCAGUGGAUUUGAAACACUGAAGGAGAAGAUCUCCUUUUUCAUGCAUCCCGUUCCUUCGCUGUGCGAGGCGGCCCAGCUGCUGGCGCAUGCACACGAAGAAGACAAUCUGAGGAACCUCCUGGGACUUUCAAAGCUCUCGCGAGCAGUCGGAGACGAAAGAGGAACGAAUGCUGGUUUCGGCGCAGUUCCCACCCGCCGCCCGUCGCCCUCCGAGUGGUGCAGGCGAGUGUGUCUACGGUACAGGUGCGGCUGGCCGCUGUCGCUUCUUUACACGAGCAAGGCAUUAUGCAGCUACGAACUCGUUUUUCGAUUCCUUCUUCACAUUCACUUGGCGCAGCGCCAGUUGAAUCAACUCUGGAUGCACAUCCACGAGACACGCAGUCUCUUCUCCUUCGCCGACAUGCCUGUCCAUCUUCGUCACACCGUUGCGAUCGGGGAGGACAUGCGCAUCUUCACUCGAAACCUCCUUUUCUAUGCAACCACAGAUGUCAUUGCAUUGCACUACUCUGCACUGCGUCGGCACCUCGAAGCACUGUCGCCUGCGGCUCUUUCGCCUGCCUCUUCGUUUGCAUCGAGUUCCGGCCUCUCCGCUGCCCCGUCGGGGGCUCCAGUGUGUGCUUUUGAGGACGUCCAGGAACUGCAUGCGCGCUUUCUGUCGUGUCUGUUGCGAGACCUCUUCCUGGAAGACCUCGGCUUGCUGCAGACGAUCAGCAAGUGCCUGACGAUUUGCCUCGUCUUCAGUCGGCACGUGAAAAAGUUCUCCUUCGACGCGCCGGACUUCCCGCUCCUUGCGGCGGGCGCCCUGUUGGGGACUUCUUCUCUCGCGCCGAAAGGAGACACAGCGGAGGCCGAGCGAAGGACUCUGGGCGCCGAGGCAGCGGGGCGCGACUUGCACACCAGCGCUGCGCAAGAAGCGAAGGCGCACGCAAACGAACGAAGCUCGCGCGAACGAAUUCGAGAGGCCCGACGCCAACAAAUCCGCGCAGCUGUAGACAGUUCAGGCUUCGGCGGAAUGGUCCGCAGCGCCGGCGCCAGCUUCCGAGAGAACUUCGCAGACUUCAUCAGCAAGCUGGAAGCGUUCAGCAACCGAUUUCCCGCGUCGCCGAGCGCCCACUUGCUCUUUCGCUUCAACUUCAACGACCGGCUGUCUGCGCGGUCGGUCCCCCCCGCGGUGUCUGCCGUCUCUCAGCCGCAGAUUCGACAGCAUGCGUCUCCGGGAGAAGAAAGUCCUUCCAGUGAUCCCUCGAAGUCUGACUGCUUGACUGGCGACAGCGCCGCUGCUCCCGUGUCUUCCCGGAGUCACGAAAGCAAAUCUGGCGCCUCCUCGCCUGUCCCACUGCCGCCCUCGCGAGCUCUGGCGUCUCACGCGCGCGAGAAGAGGUACGGAGAAGAAGGCUUUGAGGAACACCGCUCGAUUUCGGACAGAGAGGAAGGCGAGAGAUCACCUAGACAGGUGCCAACGCCGAAGAACCACGCGGCUGCCGAGACGUCCAGAAGAAUUGGGUCUUUCGAGCGGCCUCCUCCCUUCUCGGCGGCCAUUCCGGCUUCUCUGAGGCACAGCAGUGUGUGCUCCGCUUCAACGUCCCGUCUGGCUUCGGAGAGCGAGAGGGACCGUGGUGUCUCUGUGUCUCCAUUUCCAGUGGUCUCUGCUUGUCUCGAUGGAGAAAGGAGAGGCGGAAACAACGAAGGAGAGAGCCGCAGACGCGCGGGCGUUGAAGAAGAGAAAAGCAGUUCAGGAUUCACCGAGAGAUGGGCGGGAGGCCACAGAGGCUUACUAGGCGACCGUGGGGCAGAAAGAUCGCCGGCGCAUGCAUCCGAUGAAUUUACUGACGAAGACGCGGAAGAAACGUACUCUUUAGUGAGUGGGGAAGACGGCGAGGGCGACGAAGAUUUCGACGCGGCGCUGCGGUCGUUUCAAGAGCGCAUUCGUAGCAGCAGAGGAAGCGAGUGUCGCGACAAGAAAGCACUGACCAGUUCUCCUUCUCGCGAGGAAGACGCCGAGUUCGAGGUGCGUGGGGGCUUGGAGAGCGACGCUGAAGAUUUCCGUGACAUUGGAGACAUCGAAGGAUCUGAAGAACGGUCUUCCUUCGGAGACGACGCGGGCAGCCGCGUACCGCGACGAAGAGACUCCGAAAACUUCUCAGAGUUCUUCGAUGAGGACGGAGACGAGGAGCUUCUCGACGCAGAGGAAGAUCUGGAACCGAGGACUGGAGAACGCAGAAGUGGAGAGGUAUUGCCGGCGGAAGGGUAUGCGGCGGCCUUUCUCCGAAGUCGAACCGGCUGCGGCCGAUGAGACAUCAAAAGAAUCCAGGUGGAGAGAGAGAGAGAGUUUUCAAUCUACUGCAAGGGGACGAGCACGGACUCAAAGCAAAGGAAGACACAUGCUGCACACAGGUGCUGAGAUUCGUCAGUCAAGCCAUAUACAUACAUACAUAUAUGUAUAUAUAUGUAUAUGUAUAUACGUUUAAAUAUAUAGUGAGUGUAUGUAGAAGCUUGUGCGUUUGACUGCACGCGGCGCCUUCAGACAGGACAAAGAUCAGGUUUUUCAGAGGGAUUUGGAGAGUUGGAAGGCGAAAGUCUUCAAGGGGAGAUUCGGGUGUGGAGUGGCUAGGCGGCACAUCGGCUGCAACUUCGGGAUUCUCAAAUUCCGGUGCUGCGCAAGUACUGCGAAACGAGUCUUCAGACGAAGAAACUAGAUUUCGCAUGUGCUAUUGGGGAAGGAAUGCUGAAAGCCAGUGGACAUUCCCGCGCGCAGUCACCCGAGGAGCCCAAUCUAGUGAAAUCCAGAGUU